ACGAACGGUGAAAAGAGAAUAUUGCCGGUGGAAAGUGGCGAAGUGGCGCUUUAAGAUUAGUUUCUAUUCGGUUGUUGUGUUGUUGGGUUGUGUUUGUUGCAGUUGUGUUUUCUGCGCGAAAAUAGACCACACGAUUUCGCUUUUCUCGCUUAAGGACUUUUCCAUCGAUUUGUUGUGUAUUGCCUAGCAGGAUCACUAUUACAACAUCGCGCUUAACCCAAAAGAAGUUUGUUUCUUUCACUCAGGGUCAAGCAGCCAGCAAAGUGCCUAGCUGCAUGAGGCAGGUGGAGAUAAUAGUCGGCUGAAAAAAAGGCGUCCCGAACCCGAUCCCGGGGAAUUAGUAUGGCUUUGUCAUGGAUUUAGCCGAGUCGGUAGACGACCUGAUCUGUGUGUUCGACGGUACAGGAGAUACAACAAUGGACACGUUGGCCAUGCUGGUGUUCGGUUGGAUUCUGGUCGCCCUGUUCGUACUCUGGCUGGGAAAGUUCUUGUACGAAAAAUUCGCGAAACGAAACGACACGAAAUUGAAGUCGGAAACGGCCAAGAUCGACGGCAAGGCCGUCACGACCGACUCGGUUGAUUCCGUGAACAAUAAGGUGAAGAGGUCGUCGAGUUUGCCCAAAAGUGGGGGAGGAAAAGCCACAGGUGGUGCCGGCAGUGGGGGUGGGGGUUACGUGCCACCUACGCCUCCCGUUCGUAAACGUAUCACCCGCGCUUCACCAGGACCGGACUUGGGCCGAAAAACCAAGUACAUCCCUGCACCGCAAUGCACAGGUGCCGAUAAUGUCAGUGUUUUGUGGGUUAAUGAUGUGUUUCAGUGGCUUUUUAAUGAUCUGGUGAUUGUUAAUGAGUUGUUCAACGAAUGGAUUCUCACCCUUAACGAGUACACCAAAAAGGCAGUCACCGAGCAAGGUGUAGGAGUUGAAUUCGUCAGAAUCCUUCCUGAAACAAAUCCUCCAUCACUCACGAAUCUCUUCUGCGAAUGUGAUAGCAAAGAUGAUGUGACAUUAACUUGCGACUGUGAAGCCACCCCUGCGUUUCAACUGAAAUGUUUCCGACAGAAGGGAGACAAAGUCGACAUUUCCCAUUAUCGUGUGAACGUGAAUCGUUUUCGUGCACGAUUAAACAUAUAUGCCGUUACGGAAAAACUAAAAGUUGACAUCAAAUGUGACGGAUGGCCGGACAUAAAAGUCGCUCUCGCUCCCGUCGGAAACAUCAAGAACAAUCUCGACGAAACUCAUUUACAAGAGGUAAUCAGCGAGAUAGUAACAAAUGCUCUUCGUAACGCAGAGUUGCAUUUAAACCUUGGACAGUACCCAACAUGUCCGAGGCUGGUUCGCCAUGUUGGUACACCAGGACCCAAUCUUCCAGUUCAUUAUGACAGCAUGAUGAAUGCGGUAACAUCAACCCCCAAUCACCACACCCCUAACUACACCAUACAAGGGAACAAACGUUUGGUUGUGAAAAUAGUCCGUGCUAGUCAGCUGGGUGCUAACCAAGGUUGUGCAGAACCUUAUUGUGUUGUUGAAAUGGACGAACCACCGCAAAGAAAUCAGACAUCUGUUCAAAAAAAUACCGACUCACCUUUUUGGGACGAACACUUUCUUUUCGACCUGUCACCCAACACUGCAGAGUUUCUCUUUGAAAUAUACGACAGAGCUGCUAAGCCGCAUCGGUUUUUGGGUCUCGGUAUUGUAGGUGUUGAAGAACUCUUAGCAAAUCCUUCACAAAGGCAAAUUAUCACUCUGCAAAGCAGGCCUUAUGAAACUGAUCCAGUUUCUGGUACCCUCACUGUAGAGUUUUCAUUCAUUGAAGGUGCAGAUUUACCAAGUGUAGGUGAUGGCCAACCUUACAAAAUCAAAGAGAACAUAAGCCCUUCACUUAGCCCAACACGAAGAAAUAACAGUCUACCGUUACAGAAUAAUGUAAUGGUGAAUGGGGACCAUUACGGUGAAAAUCAAAACCAAGAGAGAAGUUUUGACAAAAAUACUUUAACAAUCCAUAGCGUACAGAGGCAACCUUCCCAAAGACUUGUGCGGGUUCAACAAGGCCUUGACGGCGAUUGGAAGGAAAUCGAACGGAUUGAAAUUGACGACGAAUCGAAACUCGAAAAUAGUCCGAAAGAGGAAAUGGCAAAUGGAAAAGUGACAAAAGAUGAAAAAAAUGGUAAUUUACUCACCGAAGAUAAUGCAAAUGGUAAAGUGAUAGCAGGAGAAGACAAAAAAGAAAACAAGGAAGUAAAAGAAAAUGGCAAACAGGAUACCGAUGGGAAGCCGACAGAGUAUGGUAAUUUAAAUCAACCAUUAUCCGACAAUACCGAAAUUCGGGGCCGUCCGCGAAGACGCCGAGACUUCUUCAGUACAAUCAAAAGGCGUCUUAAUAAAUCGAAAACCCGGUCCAAGUCAGCCGGACCAUCUGAAAAUGACAAUUACAGGGACGAUUCUUUAAACAGAUCCGUUUCGGCCGACAGAAAACGUGGCAGCGACGACAGUUACAGACUUAACGUUCCAGGGGGCAGGUAUGAAGAGAACUCGAGAAGAUCUAGUUUAUCUGAAGCGUCAGGACUUAGUAGUGCAUCGACGAGGACCUAUCUCAAUGAAGCCAGUACCUUGGUGCUUGAAACUGUCGAAAAUGGCAUCAAAAAACAUUACUUGGUACCGCUGUCUUUAGCGCAGAAGUCCAAGAUUAAAAAGAAGGGCACCAAAUUACACAUUUUCAACGAUCACACCUUUAUAGCAAGGCAUCUUUCGGGUGGUACAAUUUGCCAAGUGUGUAGUAAGAGUGUACCAAGAAGAAUCGGCAAGCAAGGGUAUGAAUGUAGAGACUGUCUUCUUAAGUGUCAUAAACACUGCCAUGUAAAAGUGAACGAUAAUUGUCCAACGUCCACAAUACAUAAUAUUGAAUUAUCUUACAUAAAAAAUCCACUCACUGAUAAAAAUUUGAAACGGCUUUAAGAGAAGAGGCACAUAAUAACAGUAAUAAUAAUCUAACUCUUAAUAAAUAAACAAUAAAACAAAAAUAUAUUUUUUUGCCCGAAUGAUUAAAAACAAAAGUACAAUCGCGCGAGUUGACAUGGUGAGUUGUAGGUACCCUGGUUGUACCAUUUACUCCAAAAAGCAAACAAAAAGAAAAGAAAAAUAUUUCUUUAUUGUUGUUUUGUUGUUUUUAUUUUAACUUAUUUUUAUAUUGCGCACGGAAAUCUCGAUAUUAACGCUUUAAUACUGUUGAUGUUAAUUUAUUAUUAUCUAUUAUUGUAAAUUUUAAAUUUUUAUUUUUGUUAAUUUGAUACAUUUUUAUUUCUACGAUAUUAGCGAAGAUUUUUACGUUGGCGCGUCUUCUAUUGCUAAGAGAUCGAGUUGCAAUUGUGAUAUAUGUAAAAGACUUGCACUUUACUCUUGUUUUAACCCUGUUCGUUUAGGUGCCUGGCGAUUUUACAUAAUUUUUUUGCUACUCCAGUAACUGUAAUUAAAAUCUUAACAUUCUAAUGGUAAAUAACAACCUACCUGCACAUUUGUUUUCUGCUCUUAUUAAUUUUUUUUUUAUAAGUAUUGACAUGCAAAAUACCUUUUAUUAUUACUGAAGUAGCAGUAGAGGAAAGUUGUUAUAAAAAUAGGUUGCUGAUUUUUUCUUCUGUUUAAUACGAAACUUAUUAUUUUAACAUUUAAACAACAUUUUCAUGUAAUGCCACUUAAUAUGUGCUACUUAAUGCGUUUUAUAAUGUUGUGCUUUUCACACCUUUCAAAAAAAAAAAAUAAUUAACAAAG